AUGCCAUAUCUCGAGAAGAGCGAGUCCUCUCCGGACCCCACCCCGAUCGAUGCCUUCCACUGCUUGGUACAAGAUAUCAAUAAGGUCCUUGGUCCCAGUUCGGGACUAGACUCGGACGACGUCGAUCCGAUGGAUAUCCAGAAGCUUAUGGAGGACUAUACUUCGAACGAGAGCGAAUGGGAACGGUAUGCCUUUGGUGACGCUGGCAGGGCGUAUACGAGGAACCUGGUCGAUGAGGGCAAUGGCAAAUGUAAUCUGCUUAUCCUGGUGUGGAGCCCUGGAAAGGGAAGCGCUAUUCAUGACCAUGCCAACGCCCAUUGUGUUAUGAAGGUGCUAAAAGGUUCUCUCCGAGAGACGUUAUAUGGGUGGCCAGAGUCGGACAAGGUACUGAAGGGGGAGCCAUCGCCCUUGACUGUCACCAGGGACAAGGUGUAUAAAGAAGGCCAAGUCACAUACAUGUCAGAUAAGCUGGGCUUGCAUAAAAUCUCCAAUCCCGAUCCGACAAAUUUUGCCAUUUCUCUGCAUCUCUACACGCCACCAAACGCUGCACAUUACGGGUUUUCCCUCUUUGACGAGAAGACGGGCAAGUCGCGCCACGUCAAGCAAUCCGUGCUCUUCUCCAGGAAAGGACAUAAACUAUGA